AAGAAAGAGUCUGAAUUUUACCCUCAUCUCACUGGUGUGGUAUUGACAGCUAUGAAAACAACAUUUUAACAGUAUACAGUUUAUAUUUAGUCAACCCACAUAUAGUCUACAAUGUCUACACGGGCCUUGAGAAGGCUCAAAGGGAAACAGCGGGGUCAGGAGGCCUUGGACCUCGGGGACCUAAGUUUGGGAGACAGCCCGGAGGAGCAGGCUGAAGCUGAGGUUGGGGAGGAGCAGCUGGACACGGCUAAUGCUGCUAAUGUUUCUCCUCCUUCCAAUAGCAAAAGCAGCAGCCGAAAGACAAAGAAAAAUAAGGCUCAGAAAAACUUCAGUAACAUUUAUGAACUGAUAGGUGAUGCAGAAAAUGAGUCAGAUAGAGUUUCACCUGAUGAAGAUCCAGAGAAAAAUAAAGGAAGUGGAACCAGAAAGAAUAAUAACAAAGAUGUUGAGAACCAAGAUCAAAAGAAUGAGGAAGAGUCCACAAAGUCAGGAGACAGAGCUAAAAAGAAGAAAAAAAAGAAGAAAACCAAAACAUCAGAGGAUGGACAAUUAAAUGGAGCUGCAACUGAAAAUAUUGAUUUACUGCUGGAGAACGUGGAGCUGUCCAACGGUGUGAGUCUGCAAAGUGAGGACUGCGGCUGCUCAGUCAGGAGAUCUGUGCUUCAUGUGGAACACAGGAAUCUCAACUCAGAGACUGAACUGAAGAGAUACUUUGGAGCUCGGGCUGUUCUGGGUGAUCAAAGACCUCGGCAAAGAAACAGGCACUUUCACCGCAGCACUUGGAUGACCAGCCCAAAGGAGAGCUGGCCUCGCUUUAGCCGACCCGGAAUCUCGAUGACCUUGCUGGAGUCCAAGAAUGGCGUUCAUUAUUUCACCUUUGAGCACAACCGGGACUACCAACAAAUGCAGUUCAAGUUCUUAGAUGCUGUUGAGUCCAUGGAUCCCAACAAUAUCGUGGCUCUGCUUCAGCUAAAUCCGUAUCACAUUGAUUCCCUGCUGCAGCUUUCUGACGUCUGCAGGAUACAGGAGGAUCAAGAGAUGGCCCGCGACCUCAUCGAACGGGCUUUGUACAGCUUCGAGUGCGCUUUUCACCCUUUAUUCAGCCUAACAUCAGGAACCAGCCAGCUGGAUUAUUUGCGACCAGAAAACAGAGCAUUUUAUCUGGCUCUUUAUAAGCACAUGAUGUUCCUGGAGAAGAGAGGAUGCCCACGGACCGCUUUGGAGUACUGCAAACUGAUCCUUUGUUUAGACCCAGACUCCGACCCGCUUUGCAUGCUGCUGCUCAUCGAUUUCCUCAUGCUUCGCUCCAGAGAGUACAAGUCUCUCCUUCAGCUGUAUCAGGACUGGGAGGAGCAUAGAAAUCUGUCUCAGCUGCCAAACUUUGCAUUCUCCUGCGCGCUCUGUCAUUUCCACCUGAGUCAGCAAGAAGAUGUGGAUCCUGAAGAAGGCGACAAACAGAGGCAACAAGCUGACCAGAUGCUGCAGAGCGCUCUCAUAAUGUUUCCUGGAGUUUUGAUGCCUUUGCUGGAUCUAUGCACUGUUCAGCCUGACAGCACAGUCUCUUCCCAUAGCUUCUUUGGCCCAAAGAGUCAGAUAGGGCAGCCACCAGCUUUGGCUGAGCUCACGGCUCUGUAUGUGGGGAGAACGUACAGCCUGUGGAAGGAGGCGGCGGUAAUGCUCUGGCUGGAGGAGUCCGUGAAGGAGGUGCUGCGCCGGGUCGAUGCCAAAGAUGCUCUCGUAGAGGACUGCCAGAACAAGAGAAAGCAGAGAUACCAGAGUGCACCAAGAAACAUCCAUCGCCAUGUUCUGCUGUCGGAGAUUAAAGAAGCCACCUCCACUCUGCCUCUUGAGGUGACCACUCAGCCUGUGAUGGGUUUUGACCCUCUGCCUCCACUGGACUCAGUGAUUUCAUACACCAGACCAGAAAGGCAGCAUGUUGGUGCAUCCAAUGAGAGCACGCUGUCGCUGUUUUUCCGCUCUUUGCUCCCAAACUUCAACCUUCAGGGCGGACUGAGACAGGAGGAUGACAUGGAAGUAGCACGAGCCGGCCAGGAGCUGAACCAGGAGGUGAACCGUCUAAUGGUGGCCAUGAGGGACAUGCUGGCAAACAUCCGCUUCCAGGAGCCGCCCAGAGAGGACAACCCCUACAGGGACGAGGACGAAUGGGACUGAGAGCAGCGCUCAAACCAGUGUUGGAUGCAAAGAGUUGAAAUAAAAACAGAGGAUAUUUUCUUACGGUUAUGAGCAAGUUGGACUUGGACAUCUUAAUUGUGCUUUUUUUUUUUUUUUUAUUUGUCCAGAAAGGAAAAUUUUAAUUUGUUCGAACGAGGGGAACCUGCAACCCCAGAAAACAAACAGGAAGUAAAUUAUUAUGUCUGA